AUGUCAUCAGCGUCAAGAUUCUUACUCUUUGGCACUUCACUCCUCCUUCGCACAACUAACAAUGGCAAUCCCCACAAAACUCUCUCUCCAUUUCUCUCCUUAAAACCCUUCCCUUCCUUCCAAUUCCACCUCUACUGUGCUUCCUCCGCUGCAACCAGAGCUGCCACAGCUACCGCAGAUAAUGAUAUCACAGAAAACUUGAGCUUCCUUCAACAAGAAAGGAAACAAAAACAACAUCCGUGGCCUGAGUGGGUCACUUUUGUUGAUCAAUUGAAGACCAGGGGUUACUUCAUGCAAACUUCAGGGGAUGACGAUAUUACAAGCGAGAUUGCUUACACUGACAUGAAUCAGCUCAAGAAUGCUUGUCUUAGCUUUGCUCGUGACAGAUAUGAUGUUUUAAAAUCAUUGUCUAUACCUGAUAUUCAAACAGUUGUGGGGAGUGGAUGUCCUAGUCUUCUUCGAAAAGCUGUAAAUUCAUCUAAAAGAAUGAGAGUUUACGUGCAAAAGGAUGAAGGGGAUGCUUGUGGUGCUUGUAGUCAGCGGGGUUCUUGUGAUAGAGCUUAUGUGAUCCUAAAGGGUAGUGAAGCUGAGGGUCGUACCUUGGACAUAGUGCGGGUCUUAAUGUUCUAUGCACUAGAUCCACUUGUUAUUUCAGGAGGAGAGAAAUCUCCUGGUAGUGAGCUCAUUGAAGCAUCCGCAAGGAAGCUUCUUUCUGAGUUGGUUGAAUUCAGUGAGACACCCCUUGACACGGCACUACCAAAGCAUACUCCCAAAGCCUUCCAUAAGAAGGAGCGAGAUGUGGAUUUAAUGGAUGGCCAACUGUGUGAAAAUGUCGAAAUGAAGAAGGGAGAUUGGAUAUGUAUCAAAUGCAACUAUAUGAACUUCUCAAAUAACAAAAGAUGCCGAAAAUGUGGUGAACAGAGUGCAAAGAAGAAAGAUAAUAACAAAACGGAAGCUAAGAAAGGAGAUUGGAUAUGCUCUAAGUGCGAAUUCUUGAAUUUUUCUAGAAAUAUAAAAUGUCUAAAUUGCACUGCAGAUGGCCCAGAGAGGGUCAGUGUAGAUGAUGUGGAAAUGAAGAAGGGAGAUUGGAAUUGCAACAAGUGUGGGUUCAUGAAUUUUGCUAGCAAUAAGAGGUGCUUGCGUUGCCUAGAUCCACGUCCUGAAAGAAAGACGGGAGAGUGGAACUGCCCAUCGUGUGACUUCUUGAAUUUCAGUAAGAAUAAGGUCUGCCUGAAGUGCAAUUGUGAACGCCCCAAAAGAAUGAACGGAGAGUGGCACUGUCCAUCGUGUGACUUCUUGAAUUUCAGUAGGAAUAAAGUCUGCCUAAAGUGCAAUUGCAAGUGCCCCAAAGAAGCAACAACCGAGUAUGAAGAACAGAUUUGGAAGAGCCCUUAUUAA